UGGGAGCCGUUGACCGGCGGUGGGGAAGCGGCCUGGGUUGGCCCUCCGAUCGCGGGGUCCUGGGGGUAUCUCGCGGGGUACCGCCCUGGCCCGCCUAGAAGGCCUUCCCUGGGCCAGAGCAAUGGCUGCCGAGAACAGCAAGCAGUUUUGGAAGAGGAGCGCCAAGCUGCCGGGGAGUAUCCAGCCUGUGUAUGGAGCACAGCACCCUCCUCUGGACCCUCACCUCACCAAAAACUUCAUUAAAGAACGGUCGAAAGUUAAUGCAGUUCCUCUGAAGAAUAAAAAGGCCUCCAGUUUUCAUGAGUUUGCCCGGAAUACCAGUGAUGCUUGGGACAUUGGUGAUGAUGAAGAAGAGGAUUUUUCCUCCCCUUCUUUCCAAACUCUGAACUCAAAAGUUGCUUUGGCAACUGCAGCCCAAGUCCUAGAAAACCACAGCAAACUGAGGGUGAAACCUGAACGGUCCCAGUCAACAACAUCUGAUGUUCCUGCCAGCUACAAGGUCAUAAAGUCCAGCAGUGACGCCCAGCUGUCCCGAAAUUCCAGUGACACGUGCCUGAGGAAUGCACUCCACAAACAGCAGUCACUUCCUCUUCGACCCAUUAUCCCCCUUGUCGCCCGGAUCUCGGACCAGAAUGCUUCAGGAGCACCCCCUAUGACUGUCCGGGAGAAAACCCGCCUAGAAAAAUUCCGUCAGCUUCUCUCCAGCCACAACACUGACUUAGAUGAACUGAGGAAGUGUAGCUGGCCAGGGGUUCCUAGGGAGGUUCGACCUGUAACCUGGAGACUCCUGUCGGGCUAUCUCCCAGCCAACACCGAGAGGAGGAAGUUGACCUUGCAGCGGAAGCGGGAGGAAUAUUUUGGCUUCAUUGAGCAGUAUUAUGACUCUCGAAAUGAGGAGCAUCAUCAGGAUACCUACAGACAGAUCCACAUUGACAUUCCAAGGACGAAUCCUCUCAUUCCAUUGUUCCAGCAACCACUUGUACAGGAGAUCUUCGAAAGAAUUCUAUUUAUUUGGGCCAUCCGACACCCUGCCAGUGGGUAUGUCCAGGGAAUUAAUGACCUGGUCACUCCGUUCUUUGUCGUCUUCCUCUCAGAAUAUGUGGAGAAGACCUCUGGACUCUUCACCUUUUGUUUUACAGAAGAGGAUGUGGAGAACUUUGAUGUGACCAAUUUGUCCCAGGACGUGCUGCGAAGCAUUGAAGCCGACAGCUUUUGGUGCAUGAGCAAGUUGCUGGAUGGGAUCCAGGAUAACUACACCUUUGCACAGCCAGGGAUCCAGAAGAAAGUCAAGGCACUGGAAGAGCUCGUCAGCCGGAUUGAUGAGCAGGUACAUAAUCACUUCAGGAGGUACGAGGUUGAAUACCUACAGUUUGCCUUUCGUUGGAUGAAUAACCUGCUCAUGCGGGAGCUUCCCCUUCGCUGCACCAUCCGCCUGUGGGACACGUACCAGUCUGAGCCAGAAGGGUUCUCCCACUUCCAUCUCUACGUGUGCGCAGCUUUCUUGAUCAAGUGGAGAAAAGAGAUCUUGGAUGAAGAGGACUUCCAGGGUCUCCUCAUGCUGCUACAAAACCUACCUACGAUACACUGGGGCAACGAAGAGAUCGGGCUGCUGCUCGCCGAGGCGUACAGACUCAAGUACAUGUUUGCUGACGCCCCCAAUCACUACCGCCGAUAGGUGCUGUCUCCCCGUGGGGACCCAGACUGCCCCCAACUCUGAUGGCAAUCUGAUCACUGUGGCCACUGUUUGAGCCGUGGACCCUGGCCAGGAACCACUCCUGCUGUAAAAAAGCUCACAUCCGCCGCCCAGGUCUUAACUUCUCGGCGUGCCUGCCCACCACUCCAUGUCUCUGAUGGGUCUCCUGGACCGCUGUCAGUAUCCCGCCACGUGAUGGGCCAGCUCUGGGAGAGGACUGAAACAGAGGUACAGGGUUGUCUGCCCCUUUCAAAGAAACUGGGCAAAUGAAGGGGAAGGCUCAGGGUCUUAGCUCACUGUCCCUCCAUGGACUGGCUGUCUCUUGCCUCCCAGCCCCAGCUGAUAUUGUUGCUUUUUGUGACAUAGUUUGAUUUGCUCACAAGUCAAAAACGCCUUAUGUUUUCAAAAAUAUUCCUGGCCCCUCUCCCCUGUCCCCAGCCCCUAGCCCCUAGCCCUUUACCUUCUGCCCUGGUCUGAGCCAGUGAGGGGCCGCUUGUUCUCAGAUGGAGGAGGCCUUCUCCCAAGGGCUAGGGAUUUUAUGUUUCUUUUUCUCACCGGUAUGUGAGUGUGCAUUUGUGUGGGGGGGUGUAUACACACCCAGCAUUUAGUUACAUGUCUGCAUUUCUUUGUCCAGUCCAGACCAGCCCAUCACAUCCCGCUAGGAAAGGCCCCCGUGACCAAGUGUACGAGCGUCCCUUGAGAAGGAUGAGGGCAGGGGAGAGAGAAGGGUCUUUUUACCUCUCCAAAUCCUUUUUCCAUGAUGACCCACUCCAAGAGAUUAUGUGUAAAUUGUGUUAUUAUGUAUAUGGGUAAAGAUGUACAAAUAUAUGUCUUCUUUGUAGCAGAUAUGAUUUUAUAUUUAUAAUGUGCAUCAACAUGUGAAAGCAAUCUAGGUCACUA